AUGACUUCUCGUCACGUUGACAUCGAUCCAGAUGGAGACACGCUGAUUAUUCUCCCCAGAAUCACGGCCGAAGGCGAUGACAAGAAUGAGCCAUCCCAAGUGACGUUCAAAACGUCCAUGAAGCAUCUCACUUUAGCAUCUAUUCGUGCAAAGAAGAAGUUCGAUCCCAUGUUCGAUCCCGACGCCUUUGAGAUUGUUCUGCGCAUCGUUCACGCACAACUCCACAAGCUCCCGAAGGAAUUAUCACUCGCCACGAUGACACAAGUUGCCAUCAUUGCCGAUGAUUUGCAAUGCAGCGACCCAAUCGCACAUUUUGCUCAACAGUGGGGUUCAAAUAACGACUUUUGGUCAGCAUCGAACACAUGGAUCGAUUUGUCCAGGAAGAUUUUCAUAUGUUCAGUCUUUCAGUUGAAGGACAAGUUCUCUUGGUUAACACAAGCUGCGAUAAUUCACUCUUUAAAGAAAGUGUCCAGCUACGGUAUCCCUGUUCCUCAGCAGAUCCUCCAUGCCAUAGAAGAGAAGCGGACAAUUUUGAUGAAGGAACAAUUAAAGUACCUCUUUACCGUGGAAAAGGAGCUGCAAGACGAAACCCUUUGUUGGGAAUGCAGAGCGCAGAACUUUGGUUUUCUCAAAUACAACCUACUUCUACACCAGCUUCCUGCAUCAGAGUCGUCAGAGCUAUGGGCAAAUAUUACAUGCCAAGUACUGAAGGAAAAAAUGCAGAAGUUCAAAUAUGCGACACGUACUGGAUGUCAGUACAAAUCAGGGUUGAAACAUCCUUCAUUUAAGAAGCAAAUCACGGAGGCUUUGAAGGUAUCUAAUGCGGGACUGGAUCCUGCUUUAUUUCUGAAUACUGCUGCGGCGGCCAAGUAA